AUGCCGCAUACAAACUGCUUCUCCAAAGUGAGGGUGCAGUGCUGGUCAUUGCAGGACGUUGCAGUGGAACCAGACAACUCAAACCAAAGCAAAGAGCACCAAAAAGCCCACAGUGGACAGCAGGCUUCUCGGUUUGCAGAGUCAUCUACCUUCAGUCGCCUGCACGGCUUUGAGAAGUCUGGUCGUAUGCCUACAGCUAAGGAGGCCGUGCUCGGCCGCUGCCGUGAACGGUGGCAUGACCUUGAGGGUAUCUGGCCUGUGCAGACCCCGUGCGGCUCCAUUAAGAUCCUCCUCUUCUAUGUCAUCUUCUACGGUUGCCUGGCAGGUAUAUUCAUUGGGACCAUCCAAGUGAUGUUGCUCACUGUCAGUGAAUUUGAGCCCAAAUACCAGGAUCGAGUGGCACCUCCAGGACUGACUCAAAUCCCCCAGGUACAAAAGACAGAAAUUUCCUUUACUGCCUCCGAUCCCAAAAGUUUUGACCUGUAUGUGAAGAACCUUGAGAAGUUCUUAAAGGACUACAGCGCUGAUCAACAAACUGAAAACAUAGUAUUUCAGGACUGUGGGGACACACCUACCGAUUACAAAGAGAGAGGACCAUAUAAUGACGCCCAGGGCCAGAAGAAGGUCUGCAAAUUCAAACGUGAAUGGCUGGAAAACUGUUCUGGAAUAAAUGAUCCCACCUUUGGGUACAGGGAUGGCAAACCAUGCAUCCUCAUCAAGCUCAACAGAAUUAUCGGCUUCAAACCUAAGGCUCCGGUAAAUGAGAGCCUCCCUCCAGAGGUUAUGGCAAAAUACAACCCGUAUCUCAUCCCUGUCCACUGCACUGCCAAGAGAGAGGACGAUGCAGACAAAAUAGGCACAGUGGAGUACUAUGGGAUGGGCGGCUACCCUGGCUUUGCCCUGCAGUACUACCCCUACUACGGCAAGCUCCUGCAGCCACGGUACCUGCAGCCGCUGGUGGCAGUGCAGUUCACCAACCUGACCUACGACAUCGAGGUGCGUGUGGAAUGCAGGGCCUAUGGGCAGAACAUCCAGUACAGCGACAAAGACCGCUUCCAGGGACGCUUUGAUAUUAAAUUUGACAUAAAAAGCAGCUGAUUGUAAGCAAAACUCUCCCCCCCCCCCCCUCCUCCUAGCCAUUUAAAAAUGUUAAAAAAAAAAAAAA